UUUUUAUAUCAAAACUUGUCACUGCCCCUUUUUGACACCCUUCUUCAAUGGAACCUGCAGUUCUCAGUUGCAAUGCCAACUGCAUUAUUACUGACUUCGAUGAUAUCAUUACCUGGUUUCAACACGUUUCCCAGAACGCCGCUUCUGUUCAGACUCAGACACUGUGCAGGAUUCUUAAGCAGAACUGUGGGGUUGAAUAUCUCAAGAAAUGGUUGGGGAGCUACAGUAUCUCAGACAUGGAUGCUUCUCAGUUGGAAUCUCUUUUCACUUCUCUUGUUCCCCUUGCAACGCAUGCAGAUUUCGAGCCAUUUAUCCAAAAAAUUGCAAAUGGAGACACUGCUCCUUUACUCACACAACAACCUAUAACCACUCUCUCUUUAAGUUCUGGAACAACAGAGGGGAGGCAGAAGUUCGUACCCUUUACCCGCCAUAGUGCUCAAACCACCCUUCAAACUUUCACUCUAUCAGCAGCCUUUAGAUCAAGGGUUUAUCCCACAAGGGAAGGUGGCAGGAUUCUUGAAUUCAUAUACAGCAGCAACCAGUUCAAAACAAAAGGAGGUUUAAUGGUUGGAACAGCCACAACACAUUAUUAUGCAAGCGAGGAAUUCAAAACCAAACAAGAGAAAACAAAGGCAUUCAUUUGCAGUCCCUACGAAGUUAUAUCAGGAGGGGACUACAAACAAUCCACGUACUGUCACCUCCUUCUUGGCCUCUUCCUCUGUGAUCACGUAGAGUUUAUUUCCUCGGCUUUUGUCUAUGGCAUAGUGCAAGCUUUUUGCACCUUCGAAGAGGUUUGGAAAGACCUUUGCAAUGACAUUAGAGAUGGGACUUUGAGUUCAAGAAUCAAGAUACCCAAAAUGAGAGAUGCUGUUUUGGGAAUCAUCUCUUCAAACCCCUCUUUGGCCUCAAAACUAGAAGCCUCUUGCUUGGAGCUAGAAGCGGUGGAUUGGUUUGGUUUGGUUCCCAAACUUUGGCCGAACGCCAAGUACGUUUGUUCCAUAAUGACAGGUUCUAUGCAACAUUACUUGAAAAAGCUUAGGCAUUAUGCAAAUGGGGUGCCACUAGUAAGUGGUGACUAUGGUUCAACCGAGAGCUGGAUAGGGAUUAACGUGGAUCCGAGUUUGCCUCCAGAGAAAGUAACCUUUGCUGUGGUACCCACGUUCUCUUACUUUGAGUUCAUACCAAUUUAUAGACACAAACACAAACAAGAUUCCAGCUUUGUAGCCGAUCAUGAUUUCGUGGAAGACGAACCAAUCCCUCUUUCCCAGGUUAAAGUUGGCCAAGAGUACGAAAUAGUGCUUACAACUUUUACUGGGUUGUAUAGGUGCAGACUAGGAGAUGUGGUGGAAGUGGGAGGUUUUCACAAUGGGACCCCAAAGUUGAAUUUCAUAUGCAGAAGAAAACUAAUUCUAACAGUGAAUAUAGAUAAGAACACGGAGAGAGACCUUCAAAUAGUGGUAGAGAAAGGGUCACAGAUUCUGAACAAGGCCAAAGCUGAGCUCGUUGAUUAUACAAGCUAUGCAGAUAUGUCUAACGAACCAGGGUGUUACGUCAUUUUCUGGGAGGUGAAAGGUGAGGCUGAGGAUAAGGUACUUGAGGCAUGUUGCAGGGAAAUGGAUGCAGCUUUUGUCGACCAUGGCUAUGUGGUGUCAAGGAAAACAAGAUCAAUAGGGCCUUUAACGCUUUGCAUUGUAGAGAGAGGAACUUUCAAGAAGAUUUUGGAUUAUUUCGUGGAGAUUGGAGCAGCACUGGGCCAGUUCAAAACUCCUAGGUGCACUAACAACCCUGUCCUCGUCAAAAUUCUCAGUGCAUGCACCAUUAAAACAUUUCACAGCACUGCUUAUAGUUCAACCCAUUAAUUCAUGCACAUCUCUAAUCAAUAUCUAUUAUUUUUUUUCCCUAUAACAUUUUAUUAUCGAUAUUUUUCUCAUUCUCCAAGUGUGAUAAUUAGUAGUUUGAC